AUGGUUACUAAUAAGGGAAUCGUUUGUAACAGUGCUGGAUUUUAUGGCCAUCCAACAAAAUGCGACAAAUUUUAUCGGUGCGUGGACAACGGCAAUGGCUUCAAUGUUUAUCACUUUGAUUGUGCGCCGGGAACUAUUUUUGAUCCGAGUCUCAGUCUCUGCAAUUAUCCCGAGUCUGUUUAUCCAGCGCGCGAUUGCUCUGGCUCUUCAGCAAGCCCUCCAAGUUCGAGCACUGAAAGUUCUGAAAGUUCUGAAAGUUCUUCGACGACGCCAAGUGGAGAGGCAACCACCGAAUCUUCUUCAGAGUCAACAGGGGAAGGAGAAAUGACCACCGGUGGAACGGAGGCUACUACCGCUGCUUCUGGGGCAGAAUCUCCAGAAGGUGAAGGGACAACUACUGGUGCGCCGGCGGAAAGUACGGAAGAAGGAGUAACGGGGUCGGAAAUGACAACAGAGGGAUCUCAAGAUCAGACUACCGUGGCAAGCACUGAAUCACCUGAGCAAACAACGGAGAUGGAGAUGAGCACUGAGAGUGGAGCAGAAACUACGACCGCUGCCGGGGAAACAAGUGAGCCCGAAAGUACUACGCCUGCUAAAGCAGAAGGUGAAACAGGAUUUGUUGCCCCUUGUCCCAUUGUUGGAAAUUUAACUGAUGAGCAAAUUGUUCUUGUGUGUCCUACUGGCUUCCGUAGACAUCCUAAGUACUGUAAUAUGUUCUACCAGUGUAUGUCUGAGGGCAAUAUGGAGAUAAAGAUCUUGGUUCUCGCUUGUCCUGACAAGACUAUCUUUGAUGAAAAGAAAAUACAGUGUGUCGAGGAGAGUGAAAGUUCGCAAGUUUGUGAUACUGAAAUGGCUUCUGCUAGACUUUAUCGACAACUUGAACAUACUUCUAAAGCACCGAUGAAAGUUAAACGAGAAAGUUUAUGCCCUGAUGAAGGUCACUAUCCAUUCCAGCAAGGAUGCAGCAAUGCGUUCUAUAAAUGCAAAAGAGAUUCAAGGAAAGCAUUACAGGGUUAUUUGUACAAAUGUCCUAAAGAAUAUGUGUAUUGGUCAGUAUCUCGACGCUGUGAACGGCAAAGUCGGCUGCCUACUUGCUCGCAUAUAAAAUACGAAGAGAAUGAACGAAUACAUUCUGUGGAAAAUCGAUGGGAGUUACCUAUCGAGGACCGCAAUCUUUCUGCGCGAAUGCUCGCUUUUUAG